AUUCAGGAUCACUUCCACCUUGAUGCAGUAUAUUUGAAUAUGACUUAUCGACACCUUUCUCGGUUUAUUCCUUCAAUUUCUUCUUAUGUACUGUCUCGUCGUCUAUUGACUACAUCCUCUUUGCGGCUUGCCUCAGUCACUGACCAGGCAGUCGAUCCACGUUUGGUUGCUGAGAGGGUUGAAGAAGAAACAGAUGUUGUGAUAGUUGGUGCUGGUCCUGCAGGCUUAUCAGCUGCCAUUCGCCUGAAGCAACUCGCAAAUAGCGAAGGAAAAGAGAUCAGGGUGGUUGUAAUCGAAAAAGCUAGCGAAUUAGGUGCGCAUACACUUUCUGGUGCCGUUAUUGAGCCGCGAGCUCUUAACGAACUUAUUCCUGACUGGAAAGACCAAAACGCUCCUCUUAAUCAACCGGCCCUUAAAGAUUCUUUACGAUUACUGACUGAAAAAAGUUCAUACCCUCUUCCUCAUUUAUCUCAGAUGUCUAAUAAGGGUAAUUACAUAACCAGCUUGAACAAUUUUGUGAAAUGGUUGGGAAAACAGGCUGAAGACGCUGACGUCGAGAUAUAUCCAGGUUUUGCCGCAAGUGAGGUUUUGUACAACGACGAUGGUAGUGUAUGUGGCAUUGCUACAAAUGAUAUGGGCCUUGAUAAAAAUUUUAAACCAAAGGACAAUUUUGAGCGUGGUAUGAAAUUCAAAGCAAAGGUUACUCUUCUUGCCGAGGGAUGUCAUGGGUCGCUUACCAAGACGUUGAUGAGAAAGUUCAAUCUUCGUGAAAAUCGGCAACCUCAAACGUAUGGGAUUGGUAUCAAAGAAGUAUGGGAGAUUGUUCCAGAAAAGCGCAUACCUGGGUUGGUUUUCCAUUCAGUAGGAUAUCCAUUGGAUUUCAAAACAUACGGGGGUGGCUUCAUGUACCACAUGGAAGAUAAUAUUGUGCAAAUAGGAUUUGUAGUGGCUUUGGAUUAUCAAAAUCCACAUUUAAGCCCGUAUAAAGAAUUCCAGAAAUACAAGCUGCACCCGUAUAUUAAGAAAUUUCUAGAAGGAGGUAAAUGUAUUGCAUAUGGUGCACGAGCGCUUAAUGAAGGUGGAUAUCAGUCGAUCCCUAAGCUGGUGUUCCCUGGCGGAGCUCUUAUUGGCUGUACUGCUGGAUUUAUGAACGUUCCUAAAAUCAAAGGAACACACACUGCAAUGAAAUCUGGAAUGCUUGCCGCAGAAGCAGCAUAUGACGCUAUUAUAUCUAACAAGUCCGAGUCUGGACCUGUGACCCUAACUGCUUAUGAGAAGUCUAUUGAAGACUCAUGGGUAUAUAAAGAAUUAUACAAAGUUAGGAACAUUAGACCAUCAUUCAGUAACCCAUUGGGAUUGUGGGGAGGUCUCAUAUAUUCGGGCUUAGACAUGAUGUUUUUAAAGGGCCGUAUUCCAUGGACAUUCAAACAUCAUUUAGAUUAUGCUUCUUUGAAGCCUGCCAAGGAGUGUAAACCAAUAGAAUACCCUAAACCAGAUGGUGUAAUAUCAUUUGACCUUCUUGAAAGCGUUUCUCGAAGUGGAACAAAUCAUGCCGAAAAUCAGCCUGUACAUCUAAGAGUAAGAGACAAGACUAUACCAGUUGAACGAAAUUUAAAAAUAUUCGGUGGUCCGGAAUCAAGAUUCUGCCCAGCUGGUGUUUAUGAAUUUGUCGAUGAUGAAACUAAUCCAAGUGAAAAGCGCCUGCAAAUUAAUUCGCAAAAUUGUGUGCAUUGUAAAACAUGUGACAUUAAAGACGUUUCUCAAAAUAUUGAUUGGGUUACACCUGAAGGUGGAGAUGGUCCAAAAUACACUCUUACCUAA